AUGAUAUUGGCCGAAGUUAUUGCUUUGAUAACCAUCAUUGAUGACAUCUAUGAUGUGUAUGGCACAGCAGAUGAACUAGAGCUCUUUGCUGAAGAUGUGGAAAGGUGGGACAUCGUAGCCAUGGACAACCUGCCAGAGUAUAUGAAAUUCUGUUGUCAAGCAAUGUUGGAUUUCUACACUGAAAUUGAAGAAAAGUUUGGAGAAGAGGGAGAUUUAUAUGUUUUGAGCUAG